GAUUUUUCGCUGCCUGGCAGCGCUGCCCGCCCGGGCAGCCCAUCCAUCCCUCCAUCCAUCCUUCCAUCCUGCCGCCCAUCCCGCUCCCCGCCCGGCAGCACCGGGGCUGGCGGAGAGGGCCCCCCCGAGCAGCCCGGCCCGGGGGGCUGCUGGCCACCGCGGGGCUGCUGCUAGCCACUGCGGGCUUCCUGCUAGCCACUGCGGGCUUCCUGCUAGCCACUGCGGGCUGCGGCCGGAGCGCCCCCCGCCCGCCCUGCCCGCCCAGCCCCGCGGAGGGAUGGGGAGGAGACCCGGGCCGGGCAGCGCCCAGCCCGGCUCCCGCCGCUGAGCGCCGCAGCCGCGCCGAACCGAGCCCAACCGAGCCGAGCCGAGCCGAGCCGAGCCGAGCCCGGGCCCCCCGGGCAUCGCCCCUUUGUCUGCGGAGGAGGCGCGGCGGGGGCGCUGCGGGAGCGGAGCCGCCGCCCCGCACCCUGCCAGGGCGGCAGGAUGGCGGAGAAGGGCAUGGACCCCGCCUGCGUCUCCAUCGCCCUGGAGGACACGGUGUGCCACGCCGGCCCGCCCGACGCCCCGCUGCUCACCACGCACCUGAAGAAGGUGGAGAACCACAUCACGGAGGCGCAGAGGUUCUCCCACCUCCCCAAGCGCUCGGCUGUCAACAUCGAGUUCAUCGACCUGUCCUACUCCGUGCGGGAGGGAUCCUGGUGGAGGAAGAGAGGGUACAAGACCCUCCUGAAAUGCCUGUCAGGGAAGUUCUGCCAGCGGGAGCUCAUUGGCAUCAUGGGCCCCUCGGGAGCUGGGAAAUCCACACUAAUGAACAUCCUGGCUGGCUACAGGGAGACUGGCAUGAAGGGGCAGAUCCUGGUGAACGGGCGGCCGCGGGACCUGCGCACCUUCCGCAAGAUGUCCUGCUACAUCAUGCAGGAUGACAUGCUGCUGCCACACCUCACCGUGCUCGAGGCCAUGAUGGUCUCUGCUAACCUGAAGCUGAGCGAGAAGCAGGAGGUGAAGAAGGAGCUGGUGAACGAGAUCCUGACGGCCCUGGGGCUGCUGGAGUGCUCCUACACCCGCACCAGCUCCCUGUCGGGGGGGCAGCGCAAGCGCCUGGCCAUCGCCCUGGAGCUGGUCAACAACCCCCCCGUCAUGUUCUUCGAUGAGCCCACCAGCGGUCUGGACAGUGCCUCCUGCUUCCAGGUGGUGUCCCUGAUGCGCUCCCUGGCUCAGGGGGGCCGCACCAUCAUCUGCACCAUCCACCAGCCCAGCGCCAAGCUCUUCGAGAUGUUCGACAAGCUCUACAUCCUGAGCCAGGGCCAGUGCAUCUUCAAGGGCGUCGUGACCAACCUCAUCCCCUACCUGAAGGGGCUCGGCCUGCACUGCCCCACUUACCACAACCCUGCUGACUUCAUCAUCGAGGUGGCCUCAGGGGAGUACGGGGACCUCAACCCCGUCCUGUUCCGCGCCGUGCAGAACGGGAUGUGCACCAUGGCUGAGAAGAAGAGCAGCCCUGACAAGGCAGACUCGUCGUGCCCCACGUGUGGGACGGAUGUGGAUCACAUCGAGAGCCACACGUUUGCCACCAGCACCUCCACUCAGUUCUGCAUCCUCUUCAAGAGAACCUUCAUCUGCAUCCUGCGGGACACGGUGCUGACCCACCUGCGGUUCAUGUCCCACAUCUGCAUCGGGGUGCUCAUCGGGCUGCUCUACCUGCACAUCGGCAACGACGCGGGCAAGGUCUUCAACAACACCGGCUUCCUCUUCUUCUCCAUGCUCUUCCUCAUGUUCGCCGCCCUCAUGCCCACCAUCCUCACCUUCCCCCAGGAGAUGACCGUGUUCCUGAGGGAGCACCUGAACUACUGGUACAGCCUCAAAGCCUAUUACCUGGCAAAGACCAUGGCAGACGUGCCCUUCCAGGUGAUCUGCCCCAUCGCCUACUGCAGCAUCGUGUACUGGAUGACGGGCCAGCCCCCCGAGGCCACGCGCUUCCUGCUCUUCUCCGCCCUGGCCACCGCCACGGCCCUGGUGGCCCAGUCCCUCGGGCUGCUCAUCGGAGCUGCCUCCACUUCCCUGCAGGUGGCCACCUUUGUGGGACCCGUCACUGCCAUCCCCGUGCUGCUCUUCUCGGGCUUCUUCGUCAGCUUCAAGACCAUCCCCACCUACCUGCAGUGGAGCUCCUACGUCUCCUACGUCAGGUAUGGCUUCGAGGGGGUCAUCCUCACCAUCUACGCCAUGGAGCGCGAGGACCUGGAGUGCCUCGAGGACUUCUGCCCUUUCCAAAAGCCCAUCAAGAUCCUGCAGGAGCUGGACGUGGAGGAGGCCAAGCUCUACCUGGACUUCCUCAUCCUGGGCAUCUUCUUCGUCAUCCUGCGGCUCCUGGCUUACCUGGUGCUCAGGUACAAGGUGAAAUCUGAGAGAUAAAGGGGCCGCGGGGCCCCGGUGCCGUUCCCGGGCCUGGCCUGCUGUGAGAGAUGUUCUGCAGAUGGACACGGUGCUCCUGCAGGUCCCGGACCGUGGCGGAGGCACUAGGAGGUGCCAGCCAGGCCUGGCUCAGUCGAGAAGGGUUUUGAGACAUCUCGGAACUGUUUUAACCUUUCCACACACUCUUCAUUGCAAAACGUUUUGUACAGCCCUGGCAUGUGCCACUCUCCCCCCCAGGACUGACGAGCCCCACGGAGCUUGGGUCCCCUCCUGUCCCUGCCUGGCGCUGCCCUGGGGACACCAGGGACAGUCCAGCCCAGGGCUUUGUGCCGAGGAGCCUGCUCCGUGCUGGGCUGGGAGGAGAGAGCUGCAGAGCUGGAAGAGCUGCUGGUGGCCCCGUUCCUCGUCCUGGCCAGUGCUGAGAAGAGCCCAAAGAUGCCAUAGGUGGAGUGCACAAGGCUUUAGAGUUUCCUGUCGCUGUAGCCACAGAGAUUGCUGCAUCCCCCUUUCCUUUCUGUGCAAAUAUUCCUUUUUUUUUUCCCCCCUUUUUCUUUAUUUUUUUCCCCCACAAGCCCCACUGCAUCCCAGCAAAGGGAGCAAAGAGGCAGAGAAGGACUUGGGGCUCUGUCUCAGACUCCUGCUGGGACAUCACCCUCAGAGAUGGGAUCUUCAAACCAGGGUCUGUGGGAGCAGGACGGUGUUCUCAGACCUCGGGGAGUCACAUUCAGUCCCUGUUGUCUCUGGGGUCUGAGACAGGAGGCUCUGAACCAAUUCAACCAACACGGAGAGAAGUGACUUGGAUGGAGCAAGGAGGAUUUGGGUUCCCACACGCUGCCAGGAGGCUGAAAAACGGGGCUGGGCUCAGCUGUGUCACCCUGGAGGCUCUGCUGCAGGAGGAGAGCUGGCCCUGAGCCCUUCCCUGCAGCCUCUCUCCCCCAGCUCCACUGGGGCUGUCUCAGCAGGACGGCAUGGACGAGCCUCGCUCAGCACCGACUGUGCAAGGAGGGGACACCAAGGACACCCGGCCUGUCACAGUGCCAGCCCCAGGGUGACACUGUGCAGAAGGGGGUCCCGGCAGUGCCUGAACUGGAAACAGGUGAGAUCCCAGCUGGUUUGUUUGCAGUGGGUGACCCGGACACCGGGAAGUGACUGGCACCAGAAGGUCCCUUUGGCACUGGUGUCUCUGGUGGCUGCUCCAAACUCGCACACCCCGCAGAGGGAAGGCAGUUCAGCACCUUGCUGGCUCUCCAGAGGAACUGAGCUGAGCCCAGAGCUGCUGGGGCAUCGGCACAUGCUGGGAACACAGCACCCUGCUCACCUGCACAGCACAGCUCCCUGGGCGUGCUGGCACCGGGCUGUGAGCGUCACCCACGGAUGUGGCAACCCGCAGGAUUCUGGCAAGCGUGGACGUGGGGGAGGCAGCCCUGCCCCACCCUGGCAGGCUGGCCCUGGUUCAGGUCAGCCUGGGGAUCGUGCUGCUGGCACUCUGAGCCGCCAGGGAUUGCAGAUUGCCAGAUUCCAGCAGAAUCCUGGACGCUGGUCUUUGGUUUCGCUGGCUCGGGUUGGGGCUGCGCAGCAGAGUCUGGCUGGCCUGACACUGAUGCUGGCACUCAGCAAGGCUGAGUUUCCCCUGCCUGCAGGGCUUCGAGGAAUGUUUGGCCGUGGGGCUGUCCUGCACUGAGGGUCUGGAAGCAGGACACACCCUGCUGCCCUUCCCACGCUGAGCAUCGGGGUUUUCCCCAGGGCUGUUGUCUGACUUUUCACUGUCCCUCACAAAGUCCCCCCCUGCUCCUGGAUCUUCCUCCAGUGCCGUGCUCUGCAGUGGAGCUGUGCCAGCUGGAGGGCUGCAGUGCUGCCACCCACAGCCACAGGGGCACGGAGGAGUGGGGACAGUCCCUGUGCCUGCUCUGUCACGGGGUGCAGGGAGCUGGGGGAUGUGGGGUGUCACCCUCGUCCAUCUCCUUGUCCCUGGAGCUGUUGGGAAUGAUGCCCUGCUGCUGCCCUGCUCUUGGGCUGGGACGAGUCCGUGCUCUGCUGGGCUGAGGCUUUUCCCUGGGUGGAUCCUGAGGUGCAGGAGGUGGCACUGGGGCAGCUCUGCACAGCUCCUGCUUCCCCCCUGGCAUUUGGGGCUCUCAUGGUGGGUCCUGUCCUCUGCCCCCUGGGGGUGCUGCCGUCCCCAGCGCCGUGUCCUUCACCCAGCACACCUGGACACCCCUGUGCCAUCACAGCCAGGGCCACCACCCCUCCCAGGAGGACCAGGACAAGAAGAACUGGUGUGUGGAGCAAAGGGGCUCCCAGCAGGCACCAGUGACUGCCCCUGGCCGUGUCCCCCAUGCACAGAGAAGCUUUGUUGACCAGGCUCUGCUGCUUGCAGGCUUCCCCAGCUCGGAGCAGCACUGCCAGGGCAGGUGGCUCCCACUGCAGGGCCCAGCCUGCCUGGGGUGGGGCAGCUGGCAGCACCCCCGGGAUGUCCAGGAGGGCUCAGCACAGCCUGUGCCCGUGAGCUGCAGUGUCCCAGCUCGCCAGGUACGUGGCCACUGCGGGGCAGAGGGCCAGGACAAAGCCUGGAGCUGCAGGAUGGCUGUCCCCGAGCUGGGCAAGGGCUCUGGGGAGUGGGGGUGAUGGGGCAGGCUGCUCGUGCCCGGGGCAGCAGGACACAAGUGAAUGUGUUGGUGUGAAGGGGGUGAUGAGAGGGGGAAGUGGCACAGGGCAAAGGCACCCUCGGUGCUGCCUGAGGAGCUGAGACUGUCCUUUCCCUGUCCUCAAGGACAGCCCCAGAGGGGUGGAAGGUGCAGGGAAAUGAGAGGAGGAGAAGCACGUUUGCACUGAGCCCGAGGCUGGCAGGGCUGGGCUGGGCACCCCGGGGUUUGUGGCCUGGGUGGUCCCUGCCCUGCAGGAGGGGUUUUCUCUGCCCAGGCAUGGCAGAGGGACGGCGUGCAGCCACCCUGCUCCAGGGGGCCCUUAGGGAAGCAGCAAGGAUGCACUUUAUCAGAGCAGGGAAGCGGAGCCGUGGGCGCUGCUGGCUGCAGGAAUGCCCCGAGAGAACGCGUCUGGAUAAUCACGAGGAGCGUGAUGGAGGAGAGCAGGCUUCUUCCCCCACACCUCCCGUCCCCUCCUGCCCCUGCCCUCCCUUGUGAUGCACUUUGAGUGGAUGAGGGUGGGGUUCAGGCUGUGGCUGUGGCUCGCUGGGAACACCAGCUGAGCCUCAACCCACCAAAAACUGCUCCAGCCCCUUUGGCCCACGGCUGUAUCGGGUUCUGCCUCUCAGGGGUGCUCUGGUGGCAGGCAGGCAGGCAGGGGCAUGGCCACUCACCUCCAUGCAUGUCCAGGCCACCUCUGUCACACGCACAAGAAGAGCAAACGCUUCAUCACCUGGCUGGGGUUUGCUGGAGGGGAGACUGGGCUAGAACAGGGAGGGGAUGGGGCUUCUGCCAGGGUUUCACCCCUCUCCCAAAUCAGGCAAUAAAACAGUGUUUCCUUCUCACUGUGUGUGGACACCAUUUGUCCUGUCCCUCUGCACGGGCAGCCUGGGCUCUCUGUGUGUCCCUGCCACGCUGGACCCCGUGGUUGUCCAGCCUUGGCCGUGCCAGGAUACCAGGCUGGACACUGGGGGCACGUGUGUGUGAUCCAGGGGGGCACCACGCAGGGAAGUGCAGGCGUUGAAACUCACAUUUCCACACGAGCACGGGUGUGAGCUGCUUCCUCCCUGGGACAGCCUGCCAAAAUAAGAUGCAGGUACCAGCUCAAAGGCCGAGGCAGGCUGCUGGCACAGCUCUGUUGUGGCAGCUGCCCCGGGGGGCAUUUGCCCAGGUCGUUCUGCCUUGCUGGGAGGAGGCUGUGAAGCAGGACCAGGGCACAGCUGCAGCCUGGCAGGAACCAGGCAGGGUGGAGGUUCCCCUGGGCUCUGCACACGCAGGUAAGUGCCCCGCAGGGACGGGGUGCCAGCUGCCAGCUUGCUGCUCGCCAUGCCCAGAGGGUCCCGGGAGCUGUUGGGCAGGAGGAGAUGCUCUGGUUUGUGUCGGUGUUUCCGAGAUGCCAGCUGUACUUGUUGGGUUUCACACAUCAAUAAAACUUAUAUUUAUAGUGUA